CCAGCGCAGGGCUCCUGCAAAGCCUGCCCCUUCCAAGUAUCUGCGAGGAGAUCUGCUCCUAAAUCUGGAGCAAAAGCACGGAGUGCCGACCUCUUCUCUCCCCUCUCCCGGCCAGGCGUGGCUGGCCUUUCAAAAAUGUGCAGUUGUCUCCUCCCUGCCCAGUCCCAGAGUCGCCCAGGACCGCGGUCUGAGCAGCGGCUGCACACAGCGCCACGCUGCUCUUCACUCAGGCACCCCUAGUUGGCCGCCAGCUCCCGAGUCGCUCUGCAGAGUCGGGCAACUCCAAGCGCACGCUUGGACCCUCCACUUCUUCACUUGGUCCCGGCUCCGCAGCUUCUCAGGCUCCCGUUUCACCAGAAGCAGCCCACCCCACAGGACAGAGAGCUUGCACCCUUUUCGCGUCCUUCUGGCCGAAGCGCGAGCAUGCUGCUAAGGGGCAUAUUCCUGGCGGUGCAAGUCUUGCAGCUUGCAGAAGCCCUGGACCUGCCGGCUGGGUCCUGUGCCUUUGAAGAGAGCACUUGUGGCUUUGAGUCGGUGUUUGCUUUUCAGCCAUGGAUGUUAAAUGAGGAAGGCCAUUAUGUUUAUGUGGACACCUCCUUUGCCAAGCAAGGGGAGAAAGCUGUGCUGCUAAGUUCUGACUUACAGGCUGAGGAAUGGAGCUGCCUCCGCUUGGUCUACCAGAUAGCCACUUCUUCAGGACCUCCAUCAGAUCCCAGCAAGCUGAACCUUUAUGUGAGAUUCGAAGAUGAAAGCUUUGAUCACUUGCUUUGGUCAGCUAAAGAUCCUUCAGACAGCUGGCUCAUAGCCAGCCUAGAUUUGCAAAAUAGUUCCAAGAAAUUUAAGAUUUUAAUAGAAGGUGUACUAGGACAGGGAAACACAGCCAGCAUUGCACUCUUUGAAAUCAAGAUGACAACUGGUUACUGUAUUGAAUGCGACUUUGAAGAAAAUCACCUCUGUGGCUUUGUGAACCACUGGAAUCCCAACGUGAACUGGUUUGUUGGAGGAGGAAAUAUUCGGAACUCCCACUCUAUUCUCCCAUUAGAUCACACCUUGAAGAGUGAACUGGGCCACUACAUGUACGUGGACUCAGUGUACGUCAAGCACUUCCAGGAAGUGGCACAGCUCAUCUCUCCCAUGACCACAGCCCCCAUGUCUGGCUGCCUGUCCUUUUAUUACCAGCUCCAGCAGGGGAAUGACAAUGCCUUCUCCCUUUACACUCGGGAUAUGGCCGGCCUUUAUGAGGAGAUCUGGAAAACUAGCAAUCCAGGGAAUGCUGCCUGGAAUCUUGCAGAAGUUGAAUUCAAUGCUCCUUACCCCAUGGAGGUUAUUUUUGAAGUAGCUUUCAAUGGUCCCAAAGGAGGUUAUGUUGCCCUGGAUGAUAUUUCUUUCUCUCCUGUUCACUGCCAAAAUCAGACAGAAAUUCCUUUUAGUGCUGUGGAAGCAAGCUGCAAUUUUGAGAAAGAUUUCUGCAACUUUUACCAAGAUAAAGAAGGUCCGGGCUGGGCACGAGUGAAAGUAAAACCAAACAUGUACCGGGCUGGAGACCACACUACAGGCUUAGGGUAUUAUUUAUUGGCCAACACAAAAUUUACAUCUCAGCCUGGCUACAUUGGAAGACUCUAUGGUCCCUCCCUACCAGGAAAUUUGCAAUAUUGUCUGCGUUUCCAUUAUGCAAUCUAUGGGUUUCUAAAAAUGAGUGACACUCUAGCAGUUUAUAUCUUUGAAGAGAACCACGUGGUUCAAGAGAAAAUCUGGUCUGUGCUGGAGUCCCCAAGGGGUGUUUGGAUGCAAGCUGAAAUCACCUUUAAGAAGCCCAUGCCUACCAAGGUGGUUUUCAUGAGUCUAUGCAAAAGUUUUUGGGACUGUGGCCUUGUAGCCCUGGAUGAUAUUACCAUACAAUUGGGAAGCUGCUGGUCUCCAGAGAAACUUCCAUCCCCACCUGGAGAGUGUACUUUCGAACAAGAUGAAUGUGCAUUUACUCAGGAGAAAAGAAAUCGGAGCAGUUGGCACAGAAGGAGGGGAGAAACGCCCACCUCCUAUACAGGACCAAAGGGAGAUCACACUACUGGGGUAGGAUACUACAUGUAUAUUGAGGCCUCCCAUAUGGUAUAUGGACAAAAAGCACAGCUCUUGUCCAGACCUCUGCGAGGAAUUCCCAGAAAACACUGCUUGAGCUUUUUCUACCACAUGUAUGGAGCAGGGACUGGUCUGCUGAGUGUUUACUUGAAAAAGGAAAAAGACAAUGAAGAGUUCCUCUUAUGGAGAAGAAGAGGUGAACAGAGUAUUUCCUGGCUACAAGCACUGAUUGAAUACAGCUGUGAGAGGCAACACCAGAUCAUUUUUGAAGCCAUUCGUGGAUUGUCAAUAAGAAGUGACAUAGCCAUUGAUGAUGUUAAAUUUCAGGCAGGCCCUUGUGCAGAAAUGGAAGAUAUAACUCAACAAUCAUCAGGAUACUCUGAGGACUUAAAUGAAAUUGAGUAUUAAGAAAUUAUCUGAAUUGGAUGAACUAAAUAAAAGCCAUACCUCUCUCUUCAAUCAAAAUGAAAACAAGACAAAUGAAUAUUGGACAGUCUUAAUCAUUUCAUAAGUCAUAAAAUGACUUCAGAGCACUCUUCUUUAUUACUUUUGCCGAAAAUACUGACUCAGGGCUUUUUUUUUUUUUUCUUUUUGCAUAUGACAACUGUUACUAGGAGUACAGGCCACAGGUUUUGCAUAGAUCAUUCACGUUAAUGUUGUUACCUGUUAAAAAUACAAAUGUACUAUAUUAUAGUCAUUUUAAAGUUCUCAAAUAAAGGGCAUAAUCAAAAUGAGAUGUGCUCACUUAAAUCUGCAUUCAGUGAAUGUACUGGGAGGACAAUAGAUCUUGACGGAGUCCUUUUGAAUUUCAAGUAUCAUAAAUAUUUUUAAAGUGAAUAAAUGGGGUGCCAGUAAUAUCUGCAGAAUGAAUGCAGUUUUCCAUGGUAACAAGUCAUUCUGAGAAAUGUUUUCUAUGUUUUAUUCAUAGAAGCAGAGUAUUAAUGUUUAAUAUUUUCACCAUAUGUGAUAACAAAGGAUCUUUCAUAAAUGUCCCAGGGUAAGUCAGUAUUAAUUAAUGCUAUAUAACAAGGCAAUGCUACCUUCUUUUUCCCCCCUUUGAACUACCUUUGAAAGUCACUAUAAGCACAUAGAUAAAAAUUGCACUCUUUUUCAUAAAAGUAAGCUUGAAAAUGUUUAUGUACACAUACCCAACAACUUUUAUAAACUUGAUAAAUGAUUUUACUGAUUUUUAUAAUAAAUGUUUUGGUAAUGAUUUUGGUAUUAUGAAUUCAUGCAGAUAUACCAAACUAUUGCU